AUGGAGGCAGACGCAGGGGAGGAGGUGGACACCGCUCUGCACGCGGGAGUCACGGCAACCGGCAGCAGCAUCGGCAUCAGCAGCAGCAUCAGCACCGGCAACGGCGGCACGGGAGUCGUCGUCAACGGCAACGCCAUGGACGUGCUCCUCACCGCGCUCCUCACCAACGCCACCGCCGGCCACAACCUGAGCGGCACGGGCCUCCUCCUCGGCGGCGGCGAUGGCGGCGGCGGCAGCUCGGCGAUUGGCGUAGUCGGCAGGACCCACGCGUCGCUCUCGCCGCCCACCACCCUCAGCCCGUCCAUCCCGCCGUUCGUGCGUCUGGGCCUGACGGCGGCGUACACGGCCGCCUACUCGCUGCUCUUCGCCUUCGUCUACGCGCAGCUCUGGCUGGUGCUGCGCUACCGCCACAAGCGCUUCAGCUACCAGACCGGCUUCCUGUUCCUGUGCCUGGCGUGGGCCGCGCUGCGCGCCGUCCUCUUCAGCUUCUACUUCCGCGACUGCGUGACGGCCAACGCGCUCGGCCCCUUCGCCUUCUGGCUGCUCUACUGCUGCCCCGUCUGCCUGCAGUUCUUCACGCUCAGCCUCAUGAACCUGUACUGCGCGCAGGUCUUCUUCAAGGCAAAGUCCAAGUUCUCCCCUCAGCUGCUCAAAUACAGGAUGCCCCUCUAUCUGCUCUUCGUCUUCAUGAGCCUGCUCUUCCUGCUGGUGAACCUCACGUGUGCGCUCCUCGUGAAGACCACGGACACGCAGGUGAAGACCAUCGUCCUGGUGCGUGUCACCAUCAACGACACGCUCUUCGUCCUCUGCGCCAUCUCUCUGUCCGUCUGCCUCUACAAGGUGGCCAAGAUGUCCCUCGCCAGCAUCUACCUGGAGUCAAAGGGAACGUCCGUGUGUCAGGUGACCCUGAUCGGGAUCAUGGUGGUGCUGCUGUACGCCUCCAGGGCGUGCUACAACCUGGUGGUGCUAGCGCUGACAGACAUCGAGAGCAUCAACUCCUUCGACUACGACUGGUACAAUGUCUCAGAUCAGGCAGACCUGAGGUCCACUCUAGGGGAUGCAGGCUACAUCGUGUUCGGGGUGAUCCUGUUCGUCUGGGAGCUGCUGCCCACGUCUCUUGUGGUCUUCUUCUUCAGGGUCCGCAAACCCACCCAGGACAAGAGUACUCACUCAGCCAUCCCCAGCCACGUGUUCUCCAACAGACGCUACUUCUUCGACAACCCCCGACGGUACGACAGUGACGAUGACCUGGCCUGGAGCAUCCUACCCCAGAGCACCUCCACCAGCCUCUCCACAGACUGCUACGACUGGAGCAGCCGUGGCGGCGGCAGCAGCAGUUUCCUGGUCAACGUGGUGAGCGAGGAGCGGCGCUCGUCCGUGUCGUCCAGCCAGCUCAACCCGUAGCGGCCGCCGAUCGCCAUCGCUCCUCAGCGUCCCGACGAGACGCUCCCACACAUUCCUGCCCCCAUUCCACCGCUAUCUACAGGAACAUGGACACCAUGUUCCUAUAUGGCGC